GUGGACUUUAAGAAGGCAGCUCCAAUGGAUCUAUACCGGCUGAGCAGGCAUACUGAGUGGUGCCUGAAGGCAGCCGUAAGGACGAAGUAAAUCAAUUAACUCCAUGGUUUUCAUGAAGACCUCUUAUAUCAAAACUUCUUUCUUUACAUGCGUCUCCUCUGAUCCCGUGGAGAUGAAAAUUGACAUCCACAGUCAUAUUCUACCAAAAGAAUGGCCAGAUCUAAAGAAGAGAUUCGGUUACGGAGGCUGGGUGCAGCUCCAACACCACGGCAAGGGAGAAGCAAAGAUGCUGAAAGAUGGGAAGGUCUUCAGAGUGGUUCAAGAGAACUGCUGGGACCCAGAAGUUCGCCUUAGAGAAAUGGACCAAACAGGAGUGACCGUGCAAGCCCUUUCCACGGUUCCCGUCAUGUUUAGCUACUGGGCCAAACCUCAGGACACUUUAGAGCUGUGCCAGCUUCUAAACAAUGACCUAGCUGCCACCGUUGCGAGCCACCCGAGGAGGUUUGUGGGUCUGGGGACAUUGCCCAUGCAGGCCCCUGAGCUGGCGGUCAAGGAGUUGGAGCGCUGUGUGAAGGAGCUGGGCUUUCCGGGGGUUCAGAUUGGCUCCCACAUCAACGAGUGGGACCUGAACGCCCAGGAACUCUUCCCAGUGUACGCGGAGGCUGAAAAGCUGAACUGUUCCCUAUUUGUGCACCCCUGGGACAUGCAGAUGGAUGGACGGAUGGCCAAAUACUGGUUCCCUUGGCUCAUAGGAAUGCCCGCAGAGACCACCACAGCCAUUUGCUCCAUGAUCAUGGGUGGAGCGUUCGAGAAGUUUCCUAAACUGAAAGUAUGUUUUGCACAUGGAGGUGGUUCCUUCCCCUUCACAGUAGGAAGAAUCUCUCAUGGAUUCAGCAUGCGUCCAGAUCUGUGUGCCCAGGACAAUCCAACCAACCCAAAGAAAUACCUUGGCUCCUUUUACACGGACUCCUUGGUUCAUGAUCCUCUGGCCCUCAAGCUACUAACAGAUGUCAUAGGAAAGGAUAAAGUCAUUUUGGGAACCGAUUACCCCUUUCCACUAGGUGAGCUGGAACCUGGGAAACUGAUAGAAUCCAUGGAAGAAUUUGAUGCAGAAACAAAGGGCUUAUAAUACAACGUUGAAAAGAGCAGUGACGGGGACAUCCAUGCCUUAGCAGGAAAGCUUCUAGUUUCUCACCAUUAAGUAUGAUGCUAGCUGUCAAGUUUUUAUAAACGUUCUUCAUCAAGUUGAAGAAGUUCUCCUCUAUUCCUAGUUUGUUAGAGCUUUUAUCAUGAAUGAGCGUUGGAGGUAGACACUUCUUAAAUGUUGGUUUAAGUCAAUCUAUCCUGGAACUUUUAAGCAGCCUAAGAUGUGAGGCAAGGUAGGUAAGAAGCUAGACAACCGUUCAUGAUAGCUGCCUACCAAAUCAACAGCUCAACACUGUGGCCUGACGGGGGCAGGCAGAGCCAAGGUAUAUUAGUACCUUGAGCAUGGGAGCCCCGAAACAAUGACAAAAGCCUGGAGAUAUAAUCAAGAACUCAAUGAAAAGUAGUAUUAAUUGCUUUCGAAGUAUGACUUCCUGCACGUAUACACUACUAUGUAGAAAACAGAUAACUAAUAAGAACCUACUGUAGAGCACAGGGAACUCUUCUCAAUGCUCUGUGGUAACCUAAAUGGGAAGGAAAUCCAAAAAAAAGGCGAUAUAUGUAUACUUAUAGCUGAUUCACUUUGCUGUACAGCAGAAACUAACACAACAUUGUAAAGCAACUAU